AUGGCAAGAUGUCUAAUGAUUAAACUUGACACGUGUCACAAUGAUGUUGUUUGGCUACUUGUCAACGACUGGUCUACUGACACAUUAGCGAGGAGAAUGCUUGUCCUCGCUGUGAGAGGUCAAGGACGUCAAAUAGAUGCGGAAUCGUUACGGACCUUUCCAUGGAUCAUUUGGUUUAUUUGGAAAGCUCGUAACCGUUUUAUCUAUGAGAAUAUUCGUGUCCCGCCAGAUGAAACACUUCAAUUAGCACUUCAUGAAGAGGAAGUUUGGUGCCGUUCUAUGGAAGCAAAUAUUGACAAUGAGGAGCCAGAGGUUUCCGCUGUUCAAGGUGUAACUCCGAGUAAUAACCUUUUGUCGCUCUCUGAAUGCCAAUGUGAUGCUUCCUUGAGCGCAUCCGACCCUCUCAGUGGGCUUGGAUGGUCUCUGGACUCCCCAAGAUCCCCUCCCUUUUUAGGUAUGAGGUGUAGCAGACGUGCAGUUUCCCCUCUCCAUGCAGGGUUGGACUCUCUUCUUUGGGCGAUGGAGUGCCUGAUCUCACUGGACCAAACUCAUUUCAGUUUUGCUUCUAAAUGUGUUGAUAUUAUUAAGAUGAUUGAUAACACCCAAGAUUGGCCCACCUUUGCAGCAGAGCUGGAAACUUUCAAGGGACUUCGAUCCGCAUUCCCCGCCUUCUCCAUCCGACAUCUUCCCCGUCGGCACAACAUCCGAGCCGAUUUCCUCGAAAAUAAAGCAAGAGCUCGAGGCUGUUUAUUCUCCCAUGCAAGCACAUCAUUCCCGAUUGGCUCUCCGGCCUAG